AUGGGAAUCACAAUCCUACCGCCUGUGGUCGAGGACCUUGUUCCCCGCCACGACGAGUCCGAUGACUCCAUGUCCGUCGGCUCCGAUUCCGACGUUGAAAUGAGCGGCAUACGGGCACCGAAGCGGGCCCGCCUAGGGAACCUGACAGUGUCGACAGGCGUUGUCACACCAGGUGAAGUAGUGACAGACGAUCCGCAGUGGAUGAGAGGUCACGGCACAUAUAUGACCCCCCUCUCAACCUCGAUCAUUGCCACAGUCGCCGGCACAGUUCACAAGACAAACAAGCUCCUCUCCGUCCACCCCCUGCGCGCCCGGUACACACCCGAGAUCGGCGACCUGGUCGUGGGCCGUAUCGUUGAAGUGCAGUCCAAGCGGUGGAAAGUCGACGUUGCCGCCCCACUGCUCGCCCAGCUCCCCCUCUCCGCCAUCAACUUGCCCGGCGGCAUCCUGCGCCGACGCACCAGCGCCGACGAGCUCCAGAUCCGGACCUUCUUCAGCGAGGGCGACCUGCUCGUCGCCGAAGUGCAGAGCGUGCACCAAGACGGCUCCGCGUCGCUGCACACGCGGUCGCUGAAAUACGGAAAGCUCCGAAACGGCGUUUUCCUCGCUGUUACGGGGACCGGCGGUAGCGGGGCGUCUAGCUCUAGCACCAAGGGCGGCGUGGGCGCGGGGUCCUUGAGGCCCGGCGCUGGCGCCGGGGUUGGCGGUGUUGUGCGAUCGCGGCGACAGGUGUGGACUGUGAGCACGCACAAUGGGGGUGGCGAGGUAGAUGUUAUUCUCGGGGUGAAUGGGUAUAUCUGGAUCUCGAAGCAUGCGGACGGUGCUGCGGCGGCGUCGUCAACUACACAGAACGUGUCUAUCACUCGCAUGGAAGAGAUGGUGUCCAGCUCGAUCUACUCCAGCCAGAACGACAAUAUUACGCCGCAGACACGCCGGGAAAUUGCUCGGCUGGCGCAGUGCAUCCAGGUGCUGGUACAAGGCGGUGUUCGGGUGGACGAGGAGACGGUGAUGCGGGCUUAUGAGGCUAGUCUACUGGUGGAUCUGGAGGUGGGUGAUGAUGAGGAUGAAUAUGAGGAGACGCGGCAUGAAGGGCGGGAGUAUUUGGAAGGCGCCAAGUCGCGGCGCAUCUUGGAGCUGGUGGUUCAGCAGGCAAAGUAG